CAGCAACUUAAAAAAGAAAGAAAGAAAGAAAGAAAUUAGAGUGAAGACUGUUAGAGAUCCACGGUGAACAGCAGGGGUUCAGUCUGUGCGGCUCCAGAUGGAGCCCUAAGACGGCGAUGCACGUGCCUCUGGCGAAGUGAGCCUGGGGUGUGGACGAUGGCGGCGCAGGAAACGCGGGGAGACCAAGCUGGCAGCUCAGUUCCGAUCCACACGCAUGCGGCUUCCGGGUCCGAGCCGCCAAACCCCUCGCUAAAGGUGCAGACGGCGACAGCUAGUCCCGCACUCACCCGCCGCGGCCCUCGCGCGACCGCGGCGCGGACGGACCCGUAGGCGUCGGAUGAUGACGUAACCCCGGGGCUGGGCGCUGAUUGGCUUCGGAAGAGGGUCGCCGCCGCCGGCGCCUCAGCCUCGCGAGAGCUGCGGCCUCGCGUGCGGGAUGGCCGCGGAGCCGGGCGGAGCUGUCCCGCGGCUGCCGGAGCCGGCUCUGGGGCCCGAGACAUGGCCCGGGGCUCCGGCCCGCUAGGCCGGCCCCGCCCCAACGCGGCCGCCAUGCCCAAGCGAGGGAAGCGACUCAAGUUCCGGGCCCACGACGCCUGCUCUGGCCGAGUGACCGUGGCGGACUACGCCAACUCGGAUCCGGCCGUCGUGAGGUCCGGACGGGUCAAGAAAGCCGUCGCCAAUGCCGUUCAGCAGGAAGUAAAAUCUCUUUGUGGCUUGGAAGCCUCUCAGGUUCCUGCAGUGGAAGCUCUUUCUGGGGCUGGGGAGCCCUGUGACAUGGACAGCAGUGAUGAGGUGGAUGCCCAGGGAGAGAGCAUCCACGAGAGAACCGUCUCCAGGAAAAAGAAGAGCAAGAGGCAUAGAGACCUGGACAGGGCUGCAGGCGAAGAGUACCCCGUGGACAUCUGGCUGCUGCUGGCCUCCUACAUCCGCCCUGAGGACAUUGCGAAGUUCUCCCUGAUUUGUAAGAAUGCCUGGACUGUCACGUGCACUGCCGCCUUUUGGACCAGGUUGUACCGAAGGCACUACACGCUGGACGCCUGUCUGCCUUUGCGCCUGCGACCAGAGUCCAUGGAGAAGCUGCGCUGUCUCCGGGCUUGUGUCAUCCGGUCUCUGUACCACAUGUACGAGCCAUUUGCUGCUCGAAUCUCCAAAAUUCCAGCCAUUCCGGAAAGCACGCCCAGCACAUUGAAGAAUUCCAAAUGCUUACUUUUCUGGUGCAGAAAGAUAGUUGGGAACAGACAGGAACCAAUGUGGGAAUUCAACUUCAAAUUCAAAAAACAGUCCCCUAGAUUAAAGAGCAAGCACACGGGUGGCUUGCAGCCUCCUGUUCAGUACGAAGAUGUCCAUACCAACCCAGACCAGGACUGCUGUCUGCUGCAGGUCACCACCCUCAAUUUCAUCUUUAUUCCAAUUGUCAUGGGAAUGAUAUUCACCCUGUUCACCAUCAGCGUGAGCACGGACAUGCGGCACCAUCGCGUGGGACUGCUGUUCCAGGACGCCCCUGUCCAUGGUGGCCGGAAACUGCGCAGUGAGCAGGGUGUGCAAGUGAUCCUGGACCCCGUGCACAGCGUGCGGCUCUUUGACUGGUGGCACCCACAGUACCCCUUCUCGCUGAGAGCGUAGUGCUGCUUCGUCCUGAGGGCUGAGUCCAGCGUGGUGCGGCGGCCUCAUUGGAUGUCUGCUUAGGGACACACAUGCUCUUGGCUUCCUGGGGCUCCUGUUAGGGGAGGGGGAGGUGGAAUCACGAGGAAAAACAACUGUAAUUUCUGAACAUAUUUUAAUGUAAAAAUUUCAUUUGAAAGAGGAAACCUGGCCCUAUUUUCUGCGUUAAACCCCGCCCCCGCUCCCCCCCCACCCCAAACCCCAUUUGGUGCUAUUGAGUUUGUGGUCUUUAUUCUUUUAUCCCAAUGAAAAUGGAUGACCUUGCUCUCUGGGAAAAUUCAACUCUGGAAUCUCAAAACAAGGAAGCUUCAGGUUGCCUGGGGCUCAGAGGAACCUGAGGGGCCUGAACUGUUGCUUCCAGUUUAACUGCCCCUCAAAUUCAAGCGAAUAUUUCUCCCUUACCCUUCUCCAGAAAUAAAGCAGGUGACAGGGUAUUCAUAAUCGUA